CAGGCGGAAGUCCCGGAUUGAGGCGCCGCCAUUUUUACUGCUCGGACGCGGAGCGAGAAGCUGAGAGUCGGAGACGCUAUCCGCUUCCAUCCGUCGCGCAGACCCUGCCGGAGCCGCUGCCGCUAUGGAUGAUCGGGAGGAUCUCGUGUACCAGGCGAAGCUGGCAGAGCAGGCCGAGCGAUACGACGAAAUGGUGGAAUCAAUGAAGAAAGUAGCAGGAAUGGAUGUGGAGCUGACAGUUGAAGAACGAAACCUUUUAUCUGUUGCAUAUAAAAAUGUGAUUGGAGCCAGAAGAGCAUCCUGGAGAAUAAUCAGCAGCAUUGAACAGAAGGAAGAAAACAAGGGAGGAGAGGACAAACUAAAGAUGAUUCGGGAGUACCGGCAAAUGGUUGAAACUGAGCUCAAAUUAAUCUGUUGUGACAUUCUGGAUGUACUGGACAAACACCUCAUUCCAGCAGCUAACACUGGCGAGUCCAAGGUUUUCUAUUAUAAAAUGAAAGGGGACUACCACAGGUAUCUGGCUGAGUUUGCCACAGGAAAUGACAGGAAGGAGGCCGCAGAAAACAGCCUCGUGGCUUACAAAGCUGCUAGUGACAUUGCCAUGACAGAACUUCCUCCAACGCACCCCAUUCGUUUAGGUCUUGCUCUCAACUUUUCCGUAUUCUACUAUGAAAUUCUUAAUUCCCCUGACCGUGCCUGCAGGUUGGCAAAAGCAGCUUUUGAUGACGCUAUUGCAGAACUGGACACGCUGAGUGAAGAAAGCUAUAAGGACUCUACGCUUAUCAUGCAGCUGCUACGUGAUAACCUGACGCUUUGGACCUCAGACAUGCAGGGCGAUGGUGAAGAGCAGAAUAAAGAAGCGCUGCAGGAUGUGGAAGAUGAAAAUCAGUGAGACGUACUAAAGCCAACAAGAGAACACAUCUCUGAUCACCCUCCCUCCCCACCCUCCCCUUGGAAGUUCCCCAUUGUCACUGAGAACCACCAAAUUUGACUUUCACAUUUGGUCUCAGAAUUUAGGUUCCCGCCCUGUUGUUUUUCUUUCUUCCUCCUUUUUUUCUCCCCUCCCCUUUUUUAAAACAAACAAACAGUUUUCAGAAGUUCUUAAAGGCAAGAGUGAAUUUCUGUGGAUUUUACUGGUCCCAGCUUUUAGGUUCUUUACGACACUAACAGGACUGCAUAGAGGCUUUUUCAGCAUUACUGUAUUGUCUCCAGCCACACGGGCAAGAUCAUCAUUAGAAAUGGAAAUGACAUUUGAAAGCCAUUAGACUUCUAGGUGAUGCAUCUAAGAAAGAUUAAUCACAUGAUAGAGGCAUAUGUGCUGUCAUUUUUCCUUUUUUUAAUUGUUUAAAUUGAAUUUUAUACCAAUGUUUAAACUUAAUUGGAUAUUAGCUUGAGAUGUUUUGGGGGAGUUUGUUAUAAUGGUUUUGCUGUCAAAUGUGUUUGGAACUCUGCUGAAGUGUUGCUGAAAGGCAUGGUGCUGGUAACAGUUCAACAAUCCGUGGCUGCUCAUUCUUGCCGACUCCUCCCCCUCUGAAGCAGGUUAGCAUUGAAGGUGGUAUGGAAGCCUGCAUGCGUGCUCAACUCUCUUCCUUUCCCCUCGCUCCUUAGCCUCCUUCCCUCCUCCUACUCUUCCGCUCGCUCAACCUCUUUUGUUCAGUAUGUGUAACUUGAAGCUAAUUUGUACUACUGGAUGUCUGACUGGAGCCACAGAUGCAGCAUCUGUAUUGUUCUUACUGAAACACAGCAUGGAAUUAACAUUAAACUUAAAUAAAACAAACCUAAAUUAAAAAUGCCAAAUA